GUUGGAAGCAAAAGCAGCAGAGCAAGAACACGAGCUAGCCCUAUGUUUAUGCGCAAAAACAAAAACAAUAUCGCUAUUGAAAAAACUCAAGAACCUUCUUCCCCAAAAGUCACUUGUAUAGGUCAAGUUCGUGUUCGCAGAUCCUCCAAUAACACCACAAAAAAACAUCAACAACGACAACGUAUAGAAGAGAAGAAAACCCCAAAAACAACAACAUGCUGCUGUAAAUUCCAAUGCAAAAUCAUUAAAUUACACAGACCCAAAUCGUUGAUUUCAAAUUUGAAGAAAUGGGUUUGUUGUUUUCCAUUUGGGUAUUGUGUAAAAAAAGUCGAAUCAGCUCAAAAAGUUCAAAAAAUUGUUACAACAAAUGCCGAAAUUGCAAUUUCUGAAUCAGAAGAAAAUGAAAAUGGCUAUGCAGAUUCUAAUUUCAAUCCACCAAAAAAUGCUUUGAUUUUGACUCGAUGUAGAUCAGCACCUUAUAGAUCUUCAUCAUUAGCUAGUAAAUUCUGGGGUUAUCCAUUGAACAGUCAAAAUCCCCAAAAUAAUAUUCGAGAACUGGAGGAGGAAGAAGAAGAAGAAGAAGAAGAAGAAAAACCUCCUCCCGUUCUCGAAAAACCUAUAAUUGGGGAUUUAGGAUCGAGAAAAAGCCAUGGAAAUGAAGAAAUGCAGAGCUCCAUUAAUGAAGAAAGUGGCAAAGCUUGUGUUCAUCCAUUACUUCUUACAAGAUGUAAAUCAGAACCAGCAACAACAGGAGAAAGGCUUAAUCCAACAAGGUUUAGUGAUACUAAUCCUCUAAGUUGAUUUUUUUUAUUUUUUUAUUUUGAAUUUUUCAU